AAAUAAAUUCCGGCUUCGGGGCCCUGCAUAUGCAUUCGCAUUCCAACUCCUGCAUUGCCUCUCAGCCAGCCAUCCAGUCUCUACAAGAUGAAGGCCGUCUUCGUGGCAUUGGUGAUUUCAUGUCUUGUGGUUUGCAGUCUCGGGGAUGAUGGAGCUGCUGAGUUUGUUGUUCGUCAAGCAAACCAAGGUUCUUUUGAUGCAUUUGACAUGGUGUUCUAUGGGACUCUUGCCAACAUCUCUUCUUUGCUUGUUGUUGUUGCUGCUGCACAAGAUCGAUGCAGGUGCUGGCUCCGUGGUACGACGCCAUGCCCAGGACCGCCCCCACCAGGAUGCACGGAAAGUCCCAGUUCAAGCCCAAAGGCGAGUCCAACUCCAAAGACCAGCCCAACACCAAGCCCAUCUCCAAAGACGAGCCCAACACCAAGCCCAUCUCCAAAGACCAGCCCCGCUCCAAGUCCAACUCCUCCAAAGACCAGCCCCGCUCCAAGCCCAUCUCCUCCAAAGACCAGCCCCGCUCCAAGCCCAACUCCGAAGGCCACUCCCAAGGCAUCAGUAUAUGCCCAAAUAGGGGAUACUCAGGAAGAAAUGAUACUCUUUGAUCGGAUGCCACAGUGGGAUAUUCUGUCUAGUAACGCAACGAUACAGGUCUUGGCGCAUGUGGGUCAGGAUGGGUAUCAAACAGACGCGAAGAGAAUGUUCCUCUCGAUGCCUUUCCGCGAUCACCCUGCAUGGUGUGUUCUUCUGACUGGCUAUGGCGAUUGUGUGUUCGAAAACAUGCCAUGGAAAGACCAGCGGUCGUGGACGGCCUUGAUCGCAGUACUUGCCAGAAACGGCCAUAUGCAAGAUGCGAUUAAUGCGUUUCAGGCCAUGAAUCUCGAAGGGAUUCCACCGGACGAGAUCAUUUUUAUCGCAAUCCUGAGCGGUUGCAGCCACGCGGGGAAGAUCACUGAUGCUCGAGAACACUUCCUGUCGAUCCAAUCAAACUUUGGGAUCGACCCAUCACUACAGACAAUUCUCUUUCACGUUCUCCCUCGUCAAUUCUUUGGGAAAAAAGACAACUAUCAUAUGCGCUUUGGGUCAUAUCACCUUCCUUGGUUCGAAAUAAAUUCCGGCUUCGGGGCCCUGCAUAUGCAUUCGCAUUUUACCUCCUGCAUUGGCUCUCAGCCAGCCAUCCAGUGUCUCUACAAGAUGAAGGCCGUCUUUGUGGCGUUGGUGAUUUCAUGUCUUGUGGUUUGCAGUCUUGGGGAUGAUGGAGCUGCUGAGUUUGUUGUUCGUCAAGCAAACCAAGCACAAGAUCGAUGCAGGUGCUGGCUCCGUGGUACGACGCCAUGCCCAGGACCGCCCCCACCAGGAUGCACGGAAAGUCCCAGUUCAAGCCCAAAGGCGAGUCCAACUCCAAAGACCAGCCCAACACCAAGCCCAUCUCCAAAGACGAGCCCAACACCAAGCCCAUCUCCAAAGACCAGCCCCGCUCCAAGCCCAUCACCUCCAAAGACCAGCCCCGCUCCAAAUCCAACUCCAAAGGCCAGUCCCAAGGCAUCAGGAGGGAAAGAUCAUCACUCUGCGACUCCAUAAGCACACGGCAUGACUCCACGGAAUAAGCCAGUGCGUCUCAGGGGACCUUAAUCUACGGCUCUCAUG